AUGGACACUUCAUACCGUUUCUUCUGCUCAGAGCGACAUCUUGACAAAGGCGAGUUCGAUGACAUUUACCCGACGCACUUCUUCGACAACAGUCGGGCUUUCAGAUUUGUUAUCAUGACAUGGACACUACAAUUCAACGAUGUACUUGAUGCGCACAAGCUUUACGAUUCCUUGUCCCGCCUCCUAGAGAUAGGCGAUUGGAGAAAGCUCGGCGGCCGACUCAGACGCGGCAAGAACAGGAAGCUGGAGAUUCACGUACCAAAACAGUUCACAGAGGAACGACCAGCCGUGUUUUUUUCUCACGAUGUCUUCGCGAUGACACUUGCAGAACAUCCAUUGGCAAGCCAGCUUCCAAGAUCCACAGAUGGCCCAUCUAUUCAGCGUGGAGCACCUGAUUUCCGCCAGUUUGCAGCACGACCGGAUGCGCCUUCUACACUGGUGGAGUUUCUCAACAAUGAUAUUCCGCAGCUGUCUCUGCACAUCACUUCUUUUGAAGACGCAACGCUGGUGUCGCUCUCAUGGCCUCAUACACUUAUGGACGCCAUGGGACAACAAGCGCUCUUACGUGCGUGGUCCCUAGUUUUGGCGAAUCGAGAAGCUGAGGUUCCGCUUCUCCUUGGCGCCAGGGAAGACGUUUUGUACGAUGCGGCGGACCCAAGUGUUGAGCUUGGGGAGGAUCCAGUUUUUGAGUCAAGACGCUUGAAAGGACUCGGUCUGUUUUGGUUUAUACUACGAUAUGCAUGUGACAUGCUCUGGAACCGGGUAGUUGAAGCGCGGACUGUCUACCUGCCCAAGGAAACCGUAAAUGAACUACGCCGUCAGGCGCAGCAGGACAUCCUGGAUCAUACGACUGACGACAAUAUCCCUUGGAUUAGUGACGGGGAUGUGUUGAUGGCAUGGAUGAGCCGUAUAGUUGCCUUGUCACAGCCCAGCGCUCGCCCGGCGACACUUAUCAGCGCCAUCGAUGUCCGGCCUCACUUACCAGCUAUCGUCAAGACCGGAGGCGUAUACGUACAAAACAUGGUCCUUGGGGCCUUUACAUCGAUCUCCAGUCAACUAGCAAUCGGGCCCAUUGGCCGCAUCGCACUGGCGCACCGUCGCGCACUUUUGGAGCAAGCAACCGCGCCGCAGUUUUUAGGCCUAUUACAGGCCUUGCGCAAACUUUGGGAUGGUGGCAGGGACACAGUGCUUUUAUGCGGGGAAGCUGGUGCCUCUUUGUUUAUUAUGAGCAACUGGACUAAGGCAGACUUUAUCCAUACGGCAGACUUCCAAGCUGCGGUGACGCGGCAAGGUGAAGAGAGCCACAAGAGAAGCAACCCGCUUGGAACUAUGAUAUACCAUCAUUUUCAGCCACUGAAACUCUAUGGAACGGAGAGAAAUGUCGUUGUUCUGUAUGGGAAAGAUCAUGGCGGUAAUUAUUGGUUGACGGGACAUCUUCUGCCACGGACGUGGACAGUAUUCAGAGAGGCCAUCGAGAAUCUCUCGACGUGGUAA